CCUAUGUCAACAUCGAAGUCUGGAAAUAGAGCAAUUUUCUGAAUGUGAUACUAGUUUUGAGUUAGUUGGUCCUAUAUUGCAUUUGAACCAGGUUCUGUUCUUGUUGAGAGUACGCAAGAACCGAAGCAUGUCGUUCGGCAGCUCAUUGUUUGCAUAGACGUUUCUUUGACGGCAGAAUAGUGAUAGUUCAGUAUAUUGCCCUGAGUCUAUACAGAGCAAGAUUUACAAAAUGAGCAUUUCAAAGUGAGGGAUAUUGCUCCAGUUAUUGAGGGUGUUGUUAACCACAUUGCCUCGAGAAGAUUUGAGUUUGGAGCUAUACUCAUGUUGUGCUGAAGAUGACUUUGCUUAUCUGAAGACCAAAGAUCAUUGUCCUGUGGAGAUACAUACCCUUCCUGAUGGACAGGUCUGCCUUUUGAUUCAUUUUUUAAUAGUUAUGACUUAAUAUGACAAUUGCUCAUUCACUUGUUACUCAUGUUACGUUUGAUCGGUUUAAUGGGUUUCUUGGGCUUCCAGUGGAGUUUGAAGUUGAGAUCCCGAGUCGUGUUCCCAGUGCUAGUGUAAGUGUGUUUGGAGUCUCAGCUGAAUCAAUGCAGUGUUCUUAUGAUUCAAAAGGAAACAGUGUCCCUACUAUUCUUAUGUUAAUGCAGGACCAUUUAUAUUCACAGGGAGGAUUGAAGGCUGAAGGUAUAUUUUGCAUAAACCCAGAAAAUAGUAAAGAGGAGCAUGUGAAAAACCAAUUGAAUAGUGGUAUCGUGCCUGAUGACAUUGAUGUCCACUGCUUGGCGGGACUAAUCAAAGCGUGGUUCCGAGAGCUUCCUUCCGGAGUGCUAGACGGUCUUUCCCCUGAACAAGUUCUUCAAUGCAACACAGAAGAAGAAUCUUUUGAGCUUGUGAAACAGCUUAAACCAACCGAGCCUGCCUUACUCAGUUGGGCUAUUGAUCUCAUGGCUGAUGUCGUCCAAGAAGAGGAACAUAACAAAAUGAAUGCAAGAAACAUUGCAAUGGUUUUUGCUCCAAACAUGACUCAGGUUAACCGAUGGUUGUCAAGUUGUGGUUAUAAGCUUUGGUAUGAGAUUCGAAUAUUCUUUGGAGGACCUGACGAUAAUGAAGCGCUUGCUUACGGUAUGAGAAUAGCCAAACAUCCUGACAUUGUGCUAACUGUUAUUAAAGUUGUGUCUCCACCCGGAACAACAUUAUCAUUCAGCGCUAAGUUAGUCGGUGUUGCAUCGGUAGAAUAUACUAUGUUAGGAAGAAUGUAAAUAGGUUAACAGUUGAUUGUAUAUUAUCAAAGAAUGUAAAUAGGUUAACUGGUGAUUGUAUGUUAUCAUUUCAUCAUUAAUUUUUUUACUGAGGUACUUUUGAA